AAAGAAACAACAAAAAGUCGACAGAAGAACCUUCAAAAUUCACCAAAAAAUGCCGAAUGUACCAAGAAUCCAAAAAGAACCUCGAGAAAGAACCUCAAAGAACAUCUAAAAUUCGCAAAAAAAUGACAGAAGUACUGAGAAUCCAGAAAGAAACACCAAAAAAAAGAGCUCCCAAGAACACCCAAAAUUCGCCAAAAAACGACAGAAGUACUAAGAAUCCAGAAAGAAACACCAAAAUGCCACAAGAAGAACCUCCAAAAGCCGCCAAAAAACGCCGGAAGUACAAGAAUUCAGAAAAAACAUCCAAAAUUCUCCAAAGAAUGCUGGAA